AUGAAAUUUACCUAUCAAUUGGAGUACAAUGCCUUCGGGCCUUGGCACGAUGGCUACAUCCAAUACAAGAAGCUCAAGAAGCUCAUCAAACAACAGCGACAUAAUCAAGCCUCCACUGAGGAAGGCCCUACUAUUACUCCAGAGGAGGCUUGGAAGGCUUUCGAGGCAGCCUUGGACGCUGAAAUGGACCGUAUAUCUGUGUAUUUUUAUAAUAUUUACGCUCGGUUGACAACCUCAGUGAAACAGCAUCUAGCUCCAAUGGAGGCUCACAAGCACGUGGAGUCCAAGCAUCGAAAGGAAUGCAUUGAGCUCUUUGCGGAGCUUAAUGAGCUCAAGAACUUUGUUCAGCUCAACUCCGAGGGUGCGCGAAAGAUUGUGAAGAAGUUUGAUAAGUUCAACGGGACCUCCCAUUGCGGCGAGUACAUGUCAACGUGCCAGCCAUUGGUGAGCAUGCAGCACGAGGCACGAACUAACCUUAGUGCUAUGAUAUCCGAUGUUGAGAAAAGUUAUGCCGAGUAUUACUGUAGUGGAGAUGUCUCCUUGGCGUUAGAGGAGCUAUCACGUAGUUUAUCAGAGCUGCUAGUAUGGGAUAGAGGCACCAUCUGGCAUGACCUUAUUAAACUCGAAAGGCAGCGGACGAGGCUUGGUACUGUUGCUACUGGAGGCCGGGCUGUGAAAUCAGAGGAUAUGCCGUUGGUCCGGCAAGUUACCCAAACACAGGCUGCGGCCCCACCAUCCGAGCUGCUGGAGGCUGGCCAUGCCAAGAGCAUCGAGGGUGUUGCUGCUAGCACUCCGACGAAGUUAGUGCCCUUGACGUCGUCCGAUUUGGUUAGUUGUUUGCGAGCCAAGUGGGCGAGUAUUGUCACCUACACGGUCGUGUUUCUUGUUUUUAUACUUUUACUAGCAAUAGAUAUUCCCGGCAUGCACGGCGCCGCACGACGGUGUUUGGCAGUGUUGUGGAUUACCAGUGCGUUCUGGUGCCUAGGGACUCUCCCAUUGCAUAUCACUGCUCUUGCCGUCCCUAUGUUGGUAGUAGUAUUUCGUUGUUUGCCCUCGGCUGGUGGAGAUCGGCAGAAAGCGGCCUUGAUGGCAAUCAAGUCUAUGUGGUCCGGUUCUCAGCUGAUGGUCCUUGCCAGUUUUUCCCUAGCAGCUGCUUUGUCUAAGCUCAGGCUUGACAAGGAGAUUGCUUGUAUACUGUUGAAGUCGGCUGGGGGCAAGAGCCGGGUUCGAACCCUGCGGAUGAUGAUGUUGGUAGCUUAUAUAGUGUCAGCGGCUGUAGGCAAUGUAGCUGCUAGUGUCCUGUGUAUGAGUAUAGUAAGCCCGAUACUCGAUGAGCUGCCACAGAAUCUACCCUCGACCUACUCCUAUGGUAGGGCUAUGUUGCUGUCAAUUGCGUUUGCGUGCAACAUUGGAGGUAUGACUAGUCCGGUGGCCUCUCCACAGAACGUGGUAGCCUUUGCGACGCUUCACACUGACUACGGUCUUUCGUUUGCCCAAUGGUGUGGUAUUGCUAUCCCGACCUCAUUCGUACUGCUCGUUGCUGUCUCCUUUGUGACACGACCGAAGUUCCACCAUCGACGAGCCAGUAAAGUCCAACAGCCUCUACUGCACGAGACCGCCAAUCCUGACUAUCUAGCUCUCCCACCUAGGUUAGUAGCCUCAGCGAGCGGAGCGUUGUUCGGUAAUUGGCAACGGACUGUGGUUAUUGUUAUUGUCAUUGGAUGUAUCAUUAUGUGGCUUUCUUCUAGUCUCACUUGUGCUGUCUUUGGUGACACGUCGCUAUCUGCAUUGCUACCAUUGGUAUUGCUAUUUUCUAUUCCUGGCUUGCUCACCAAAGCUGACUUCCUAUCCCUUCCCUGGGAUGUGUGCUUCCUUUUGGCAGGAGGCUCGUGUCUGGCAUUGGCCGUGAGAGACUCAAAGCUGUUGGAGAUUGCAUCAAGCGGAGCAUCUCAGAUUCUUCACGGUGCGCCUCUGUGGGUAUGCAUCGUCGGUACUGUUACCUUCGUCACACUAUGUUCAACGGCUGUCUCCCAUAUUGCAGCUGCUAAUGUGCUCAUGCCCUUCAUCGUAGCCCUAGGGGAUGAGGUUGUCCCUAAGGGCAUCAGAGGAGGAGUUACCCUGAUAGCGAUGCCAGCUGCCUUGGCCCUCUCCGCUGGUUCAGCCUUACCGGUGAGCUCAGCGCCCAACGUCAAUGCUACUGCUAUCAAGCGACAAGGAGAUGAUAACAGACCGUGGCUCCAACCGAAAGACUUCAUCAUUCCAGGAGCUGUGACUUCUGUGGUGGCGGUAUUUGUUAUCUCCGGACUGGGAGCAGUUAUGAGUGAGGCAGUGGCCUGA